AUGGCUGGGUUGAUGGCCGGCAGGUGGAGAGUCUCUCUGCAUCAGACUAUUGUCUACGAACCAUGGCGCGGCACCUUUAAGAGUGCGUGUGAUAGGGAGUUUGCAUCCAUGGUUCUAGACGCUCUGCCGAGUCAUGUUGAAAAACUCUCGAUCUUUGAGGAUCCCAAUUCUGAGCUUGUGUCAGCGAUGAGCCGCAAUUUGUGGUUCCAACGAUUUACCAAUGAUGAUAUGACGACAGGUGCCGAGCUGGCCAGAGCCCUGGUCUUGAGGAGCUGUGACCUCAAACAUCUCUCAAUUUCCUUCCUAGUUGAUGCCCGACAAUUUCUGGACUCUUUGCUGUCAACUCAUUGCUGCCACAAAUUACAAUCGCUCACACUCACGGCAUCCGUUCUCAAAAGGGAGUCCCAAAGUUGGCAAAUUGCUUCUUUCUUAGGAGAAGCGAGCUUGUUCCCGCAAAAGAUGAAGCAGCUCGAACGAUUGAUACUUUGGAACAGUGAACCAGGAGAGGCGUAUGCAGUCACCUAUCACAGGGACAGAUCAAACCGGCGAGCUACUCUGACGAGGCGCGGAACAUGGCAUUUUGAGCUAAAUCACGAAGUGAUAGAAUCCUGGACGAAUGUCGACCCUGAUUUAGUCCUCCAAACCGAACACGAGCUGAUACAAGCAGUCGUUAAACACAGGGGUGAUGCCAUCUACCACUUAGGUUUGCCAGUCCUUUGA